GACAGCUGAUUCGGCUCGAGACUCGAGGUGUGUGGGACAUGCGGUGUUUACAAAAGCCACAAACUCGAUCGUCGCGUAAUACUUUUUGAGACAGAAAAAUUUUCUAAAAUGUUUCAGUUUAUUCAAAAAAGUGCCGGAAAUAUUUUAGGAAUAAGAGCUUCGUCGGCGGUAGCAUUAAAUCAUUUCCGUGCAGUGGCUCAGCAACCAUCACUGAAUGCUACUGAGUUGAAUCCGUUCCGUGCUCCGCGUUCACUGUGGAUUGAAAAUUUGGACACUAUCGAGGAACAGAAAGUUGGAAUUCAAGAACUGAGCAGUGAGGUAUUUGGCGCUUCUCCCCGGAUCGACAUUGUACAUCAGAAUAUUGAAUGGCAGCGCAAAUAUCGAUUUGUAAGUUUCGCUCACGCGAAGACGCGCAAUGAGGUUCGUGGAGGUGGUCGGAAGCCGUGGCCGCAGAAGGGAUUAGGUAGGGCUCGUCACGGAUCCAUUCGAUCACCGUUAUGGCGCGGUGGUGGAGUUGCCCAUGGACCGCGAUCCCCAACAACGCAUUUCUACAUGUUGCCAUUCUUCAAUCGAGUGUUGGGACUAGUCUCAACGUUAUCCAUCAAACUGGCCCAGGACGAUUUGCACAUAGUAAAGGAUCUGCAAAUUCCAACGGAGGAUCCCCAAUAUUUGCGAGAUUUGGUCCAGGAAAGAGCUUGGGGUCCCUCGGUGCUGUUCAUCGAUAGCUGUGAUAUCAUGCCACAAAAUAUUGCUUUGGGAGCAGAGGCGAUUGGCCACAUCAACUUGAUGCCGGUCUAUGGGCUGAACGUCUACUCAAUGUUGAAGCACGACACUUUGGUUUUGACGAAAAGUGCAGCGGAGGAAAUCGAUUCGAAACUCGCAGAACACCUCCAUCGAACCGACGCCAGGUCAUUGAUGACCAAGUUUAAAGUAGAUCGAUAAUUGAUUCGAAAUAAAGCUGCUAGAUCAA